GGUGGGAUGGGGGCUGCUGAGCCUUGUAGGCGGCGCGAGCGGGGGCCUGGGAGCCCAGACAAUAGUUGAUGCCCGUGGAGGAGGGUACCGCCCGCCCCUCACUUUUCCAGGAGUGCGGCUCCCGCCGACUGCUCUCCAGCCUGCAUUCCGGUGCCCCCUCCCAGCCAGGUUCGAGAGUUGGGUUUAUUCCACCCUCCCUUCCCCGAGCCUCCCUCCGCUCCGCGCCCGCCUCGGCCCGGCCUCGCCGCCCGCGGUUCUCCGCAGAGGAGGCAGCGAGCGAGCGUGCCGAGCGUCUACACGGUUUCUCUUUCUCCCCAGGGAGGGCGCGCGGCGGACGCCGCGGCACCGGGAGGCCGGGCCGAGUGAUUGUGAGAGAAUACCUCAAGUUGGGCUUAAAUGCAAGAUUUACUACUAACAUUGAAACAGUAAGGUACCUGUUUUGAAUAGUUGCAACUUGUCCCAGAAAGUCGUAGAAGUUGAACUACAAAAAGUUGGUUUACAGCUUAAAAAAAAACCUACACAUUGAGAAAAAACAUGGGAUUAUAGCAUUCGCAGAAUCACAGUAAUACAAGUUCCAUUCUAUUUUUUCUGAAAGAAAGCCAUCUAUUAAAGUGAAGCAAAGGAACUAUUGUGGAUUAUAAUAUUUUGAAGGUCUGGAUUUUCAGCAGCUUGAAAAAUAAGGUAUCACUUAACCUUUUAAAUGAAAAAGAUUAAGAUCUCAUGCAACUGUUGUAUUUUCUGGAAGCUGUUCUCCAAAAGGGAAGUGCACAUUUAAAACACAGAUAUGAUGGACCUUUCUGUAGGAGUUUAAGUCUGAUUGCUUUUGCAUCAUGACCAGCUUGAAAAGAUCCCAGACGGAAAGGCCUGUUUCCAGCGAGAGGGCCUCCAUUGUCGGAACAGAUGGCACCGCCAAAGUCCACACCGAUGACUUCUACAUGCGGCGCUUCAGGUCCCAGAAUGGCAGCUUGGGAUCCUCAGUCAUGGCUCCUGUAGGGCCCCCUCGAAGUGAAGGUUCUCACCAUAUAACCUCAACCCCUGGAGUCCCAAAGAUGGGGGUUAGGGCAAGGAUUGCAGAUUGGCCCCCAAGGAAGGAAAAUGUCAAAGAAUCUAGCCGUUCAAGCCAGGAAAUAGAAACCUCAAGUUGCCUUGAGAGCUUGUCCUCCAAAAGCAGCCCUGUGAGUCAGGGAAGUUCUGUUAGCCUCAACUCCGGUGACUCAGCCAUGUUGAAAAGCAUACAGAACACGCUGAAAAGCAAGACGAGACCCUCGGAGACCAUGGACUCCAGGUUUCUCAUGCCUGAAGCCUAUCCCACCUCUCCCAGGAAAGCUCUUCGCAGAAUACGGCAGCGGAGCAACAGCGAUAUCACCAUAAGUGAACUGGACGUGGAUAGCUUUGACGAAUGUAUCUCACCCACGUAUAAGACUGGACCAUCGCUGCACAGGGAAUAUGGUAGCACAUCUUCAAUCGAUAAGCAGGGAACUUCCGGAGAAAGCUUUUUUGAUCUGUUAAAGGGCUACAAAGAUGACAAAUCUGAUCGAGGUCCAACUCCGACCAAGCUCAGUGACUUUCUCAUCGCCAGUGGAAGCAAGGGUUCUGGUUUCUCCCUGGAUGUUAUAGAUGGGCCCAUCUCACAGAGGGAGAACCUCAGGCUCUUUAAAGAAAGGGAAAAACCACUCAAGCGCCGUUCCAAGUCUGAAACUGGAGACUCAUCCAUUUUUCGUAAAUUACGCAACGCCAAAGGUGAUGAACUUGGGAAAUCAUCAGAUCUUGAAGAUAACCGAUCAGAAGACUCUGUCCGGCCGUGGACGUGUCCAAAGUGCUUUGCCCAUUACGAUGUCCAGAGUGUAUUAUUUGAUUUGAAUGAGGCAAUUAUGAACAGGCACAAUGUCAUUAAGAGGAGAAACACCACCACGGGAGCUUCGGCAGCUGCUGUGGCAUCCUUGGUCUCUGGACCUUUGUCCCAUUCAGCCAGCUUUAGCUCCCCCAUGGGCAGCACUGAGGACCUGAAUUCCAAAGGAAGCCUCAGUAUGGACCAGGGAGAUGAUAAAAGCAAUGAACUUGUAAUGAGCUGUCCGUAUUUUCGGAAUGAGAUAGGUGGAGAAGGUGAAAGGAAAAUAAGCCUGUCAAAAUCAAAUUCUGGUUCUUUUAGUGGCUGUGAAAGUGCCUCCUUUGAGUCUGCCCUUAGCUCUCAUUGCACAAAUGCAGGAGUGGCAGUACUUGAAGUGCCCAAGGAAAACUUGGUGUUGCAUCUAGAUAGAGUGAAAAGAUACAUUGUGGAACACGUGGAUCUUGGUGCAUACUAUUAUAGGAAGUUUUUCUAUCAGAAAGAACACUGGAACUAUUUUGGGGCUGAUGAGAAUCUUGGUCCAGUGGCUGUGAGCAUUAGAAGGGAAAAGCCAGAAGAAAUGAAAGAAAAUGGAACACCGUACAACUACCGAAUAAUUUUUCGAACUAGUGAGCUCAUGACACUGAGGGGUGCGGUCCUGGAGGAUGCCAUUCCCUCAACAGCAAAGCACUCGACAGCCAGAGGGCUUCCCCUGAAAGAAGUGCUGGAGCACGUGAUUCCUGAGCUCAACAUCCAGUGCCUGCGGCUGGCCUUCAACACUCCCAAAGUCACAGAGCAGCUCAUGAAACUGGAUGAACAAGGGCUGAACUAUCAGCAGAAAGUAGGCAUCAUGUACUGUAAAGCUGGGCAGAGCACAGAAGAAGAGAUGUACAACAAUGAAUCAGCCGGUCCAGCCUUUGAGGAAUUCCUUCAGUUGUUAGGAGAACGUGUUCGACUCAAAGGAUUUGAGAAGUAUCGUGCACAGCUUGACACCAAAACUGACUCCACUGGAACCCAUUCUCUGUAUACAACAUACAAAGAUUAUGAAAUUAUGUUCCAUGUUUCUACCAUGCUUCCAUACACACCUAACAAUAAGCAACAGCUCCUACGCAAGCGACACAUUGGAAAUGAUAUUGUAACAAUAGUUUUCCAAGAACCUGGAGCAGAGCCAUUCAGCCCGAAAAACAUCCGUUCCCACUUUCAGCAUGUUUUCGUCAUUGUCAGGGUUCACAAUCCCUGCACUGACAGUGUCUGUUACAGUGUUGCUGUCACCAGGUCUAGAGAUGUGCCUUCCUUUGGGCCUCCCAUCCCCAAAGGAGUCACCUUCCCUAAGUCAAAUGUGUUCAGGGACUUCCUUUUGGCCAAAGUGAUUAAUGCAGAAAAUGCUGCUCAUAAAUCAGAAAAGUUCCGGGCCAUGGCAACUCGGACCCGCCAGGAAUACCUGAAAGACCUGGCAGAAAAGAAUGUCACCAACACCCCUAUUGAUCCUUCUGGCAAGUUCCCAUUCAUCUCUCUGGCCUCCAAGAAGAAGGAGAAAUCCAAACCAUAUCCAGGAGCCGAACUCAGUAGCAUGGGGGCCAUUGUGUGGGUAAUUCGGGCCAAAGACUACAACAAGGCCAUGGAAAUUGACUGCCUUUUGGGAGUCUCCAAUGAGUUCAUCGUUCUCAUUGAACAAGAAACAAAGAGUGUAGUUUUCAAUUGUUCCUGCAGAGAUGUGAUUGGGUGGACCUCAACUGACAACAGCCUCAAAAUCUUCUAUGAGCGAGGAGAAUGUAUUUCUGUGGAGAGUUUCAUUAAUGAGGAUAUCAAAGAGAUUGUCAAAAGAUUGCAGUUUGUCUCAACAGGUUGUGAAUCGGUGGAGAUGACUCUGCGGAGGAAUGGACUAGGGCAGCUUGGCUUCCAUGUCAACUACGAGGGCAUUGUGGCUGACGUGGAGCCCUAUGGCUACGCCUGGCAGGCGGGGCUGCGGCAGGGCAGCAGACUGGUAGAGAUCUGCAAGGUGGCAGUGGCCACUCUGAGCCAUGAGCAGAUGAUUGAUCUCCUGAGAACAUCUGUCACAGUGAAGGUGGUCAUCAUUCCUCCCCAUGAUGACUGCACCCCACGAAGGAGUUGCUCUGAAACCUACCGCAUGCCAGUGAUGGAGUACAAAAUGAAUGAAGGAGUUUCCUACGAAUUCAAGUUUCCCUUCCGAAAUAAUAACAAGUGGCAGAGGAAUGCCAAUAAGGGGACUCAUUCCCCUCAGAUUCCAGCCCAGGUGCAGAGUCCCAUGACCUCGCGGCUGAAUACUGGGAAAGGAGAUGGGAAGAUGCCUCCUCCAGAAAGAGCUGCCAACAUUCCUCGAAGCAUCUCCAGUGAUGGGCGCCCACUAGAGAGGCGGCUUUCUCCUGGUUCGGACAUCUAUGUGACGGUCUCAUCCAUUGCUUUAGCAAGAUCCCAGCAGUGCCGUAACUCCCCUAGCAACCUGUCUUCAUCCAGUGAGACUGGCUCUGGUGGGGGCACUUACAGACAAAAGUCCAUGCCAGAAGGGUUUGGAGUGAGCCGCAGAUCCCCAGCUUCCAUUGACAGGCAGAACACCCAGUCAGACAUUGGUGGCAGCGGAAAAUCCACAGCCAGCUGGCAAAGAAGUGAGGACAGCAUUGCUGACCAGAUGGCUUACAGUUAUAGAGGACCUCAGGAUUUCAAUUCUUUUGUCCUCGAGCAGCAUGAAUAUACAGAGCCAACAUGCCAUCUCCCAGCAGUAUCAAAGGUACUGCCAGCUUUCCGAGAGAGCCCCAGUGGGAGAUUAAUGCGGCAGGAUCCAGUGGUUCAUUUGUCUCCAAACAAACAAGGGCAUUCUGAUAGCCACUACUCGAGCCACUCCAGUAGCAAUACCCUCUCCAGCAAUGCAUCAAGUGCCCACAGUGACGAGAAGUGGUAUGAUGGAGACCGCACUGAAUCCGAGCUCAACAGCUAUAACUAUCUGCAAGGCACCUCUGCUGACAGUGGCAUCGACACCACCUCCUAUGGGCCCAGCCACAGCAGCACAGCCUCCCUGGGGGCAGCUACAUCACCUCGCUCGGGGCCAGCCAAGGAGAAAGUGACUCCCCUGUGGCACAGCUCCAGUGAAGUGAUCUCAUUGGCAGAUCGGACUAUAGAGACAGAGAGCCACGGCUUGGACCGGAAAACAGAGUCUUCCCUGAGCUUGGAUAUCCACAGCAAGAGCCAAGCAGGCAUUAACCCUCUGACAAGGGAGAACAGCACUUUCAGUAUAAAUGAUGCUGCUUCCCACACAAGUACCAUGAGCUCUCGACACUCUGCCAGCCCAGUUGUUUUCACCAGUGCCAGAAGUUCACCCAAAGAGGAGCUUCAUCCUGCCACUUCUGCACAACUCGUCCCCUCCUUCUCCUCCUCCUCCUCAUCCUCAUCUGGGCCCAGAACGUUCUACCCGCGCCAGGGCGCUACUAGCAAGUACCUGAUUGGAUGGAAGAAGCCUGAAGGAACCAUAAACUCUGUGGGAUUUAUGGACACAAGAAAGCGCCAUCAGAGUGAUGGCAAUGAAAUAUCGCACACCAGGCUGCGUACCUCAACCAGGGACCUUGGGGCAUCCCCUAAGCCAAACUCCAAGUCCACCAUUGAAGAGGAUCUAAAGAAACUGAUCGACCUUGAAAGUCCAACUCCCGAAUCACAGAAGAAUUUUAAGUUCCAUGCACUCUCCUCUCCUCAGUCUCCCUUCCCUACCACCCCCACCUCAAGGCGGACCUUGCACAGAACGCUGUCGGAUGAGAGUAUUUACAGCAGCCAGAGGGAGCACUUCUUCCCCUCAAGGACAUCACUUCUGGACCAAGCCUUGCCCAACGACGUCCUCUUCAGUAGCACGUACCCUUCUCUCCCCAAAUCUCUUCCCUUGCGGAGGCCUUCUUACACCUUAGGAAUGAAGUCAUUGCACGGAGAGUUCUCAGCCUCGGACAGCUCCCUUACCGACAUCCAAGAGACCCGAAGGCAGCCCAUGCCCGACCCUGGCCUGAUGCCCCUGCCUGAUGCUGCUGCGGAUCUGGAUUGGUCCAACUUGGUGGAUGCUGCCAAGGCCUAUGAGGUCCAGAGAGCCUCAUUCUUUGCUGCUAGUGAUGAAAACCAUCGCCCCUUGAGUGCUGCAUCCAACAGCGAUCAGCUCGAGGACCAGACUAUGGCCCAGAUGAAGUCUUACAGCAGUAAAGAUUCCUCUCCCACCCUGGCUUCUAAAGUGGACCAAUUGGAAGGCAUGCUGAAGAUGCUUCGGGAAGAUUUGAAGAAGGAAAAAGAAGACAAAGCCCACCUUCAGGCUGAAGUUCAGCACUUGCGGGAGGACAACUUGAGGCUGCAGGAGGAGUCCCAGAAUGCCUCAGACAAGCUGAAGAAGUUCACAGAAUGGGUCUUCAAUACGAUAGACAUGAGCUAGGGAAGGCUUCGGUGGAAAGGAGAAGGGGGACCCUGGGGAAUGCUCUCCAGUGAGUGCUUUGAAGCCCCUUGUUCAGCCAGUGAAAGCAUUUGCAGAGCACCUUCCCAGCUUCCCGGUUUGCCCCCUUUCAGGGAGGGCACAACACAUAAACUGCAGAUCAACAAUCAUUAUCUGCCUUUUGUAGAAAAGAAAAAUGAAAAAGUGAAUAAAAAUUUUAAAAAGCAGAAUAAAAGUUUAACUGCUGAAAUGUGAAUGUCUUUAUUUUUUUGCACAAUACCUUUAUCUGUUAUGUAUUUAAAAAGAAAUUGGGCCUGGGACCAGGGCCCCCCCGGCCCAUCUGCCUCUAAUUCCAUCAGCUUUUUCUUAUCUACUUCAGGUAACCCAAGCUUUCCCUUGUUAUCCUGACAAAUAUCAUUGUUCCUAGAAAAUAACGUUUUUCAAGUUGUUUAUUUGGGGGAUGGGGAGGGGUACUUUCCUUACCUUCUUUCCUAAAAUGCCUGGAGAGGGAGGUACUUUUAGAAAAUGCCUGCCUCCCUUGAAUGACUUGUGCAUGAGCUAGUGCUGUUUGUCCCUGUCUUACAGAGAUCAGCAGGAUGGGGUUAUUAAAACAGUCCGUAAACCAGAGAGAGGCUGGAGACAGUGCCUACAGGCCAUGCCCCUUUCCACACCCUGCAUUGUGACGUCACUUCCGGCCACCUUCCUUUCCCGCAGGGAGAUGGUCUCAGGUGUGCGCCUCAGCGCUAAUACUCUUUGGUUGGCUUAGUGAGCCCCACUAAAUUAAUCUGCCUCUCUACGGCUUCCUAGUUCCAAACAUUAAUUGGUUUCAGCAUUCCCCCCUUACUAUUUUUUUUUAAAUCUCCCGUUAUCUUUAUUGUAUGCAUUUUGGUCAAAAGUAUAGUUUUGUUUGAGAUUUUAAAGCUAUUAAAUGUGGCAAAUUUGUUUUUAAGCUGGUGGGAAUGACAAGACAUAAGCUUGCUCAAAAUGACAUAUUAAUAAAUUAAUAAAUCCUUCUCUCAAAAGCAAGACUUUGCCAGUAUUUGUAACCAGGGCAAGCUAAAAGUGAACGUUAAAUUGUGAAUUUUAAUGCUUGCUUUUCAGAAGCAGUGACUGUGAUACUAGAAUGGGCUUUUGAAAUCUGCAUGUCUCAGCGUGAAGUAUAAGCAUGGUAUUUUCUGCAUCCUUUUAUGACCAUCAAAAAGGUUUUGCUGCAGAAACAAUUGCUGUGCUAUUUUUCCAGUCUACUUUGGGUCUCUGGGGAGUUGUUCCAAGGCCCUCACUCCUGCAGAGCACAGAGACCUGGCCAGCUGUCCUGAGAGAGCCCUGGUGGCCUUGUUACUUGCCUUCAUAAUUGUCACUAAACUGCCACCUCCAUUCCUUCGGUGGUGACUCUGGUCUAGGAAUGUUGAGCAGUCUAGCGGCAUCUGCUGGGAAGGUCCCUUCCCCAGAUAAUCUCUACUGAUUUCUCUCUCCAUCCCCAAAAGAAACAACAUGGAAUUUCCUCUUCUCCUUACCCUUUACUGCCAGAUUUUUAUGCUACAGUUUCAUUCAUGGUUGUGAUUUCUCCAUGGAAUUUUUCUCCUGGUGACAUUUCUAUCAUGGAAAUAGGAAGAUUUUGGAGUGCUUUGUAAAGAUCUCAAUUGUCUCUUUCUCUCUCUUUGAAUUGUAUGAAGGAGAUUGUACAUUGCCUGAUAUCUCUUUGUAAAUGAGAAAUAUCGCUAACAUCCAAGCAUUCUGAAGUCUUGCUUAUCCUUCUGAGUUUAGUUUUUAUUUUGUUUUACAUUUUGUUUUGGGACUUGGGGCAAGCUAUUUAUUAGAGUUUUGCAACAGAGUUCUUGUUUGAAGCCUCUAAAGACUACUUGUAAAAUCCAAACAAUAAAAUUCAUUUUAAACGCUCUUUUUAAAUA